GUUUUUGAAGAGAAAACACAUGUUUUGCUCACAAAUGCCAUCAAAAACAUUGCAUUCAAUCAUUCAAUGCAUUCAAUUAUGAAUAAGUUUCGCCACUUUUUCCAUCAAAAGUUUACUCUUCAUUAUCAUCUGAUUUAACAGUAAAAUUAAUGUCACUCUCAUCUGAUCCCAAACCACACACACCACGCAAUUCAAUAGCCAUCGACACGAAGAAAAUCCGUUUCAAUCGUCACAACGAUUUGGUUAUUAUCGACGAAACAGUUUUCGCAGAUUUAGUCGCCGGAAAUGACACGAAUCCGAGCGAAGAGCUGAUCGACGAGUUGUGUCUCAAACUCAAGUGCAAACGACUGGCCGUCAAGAACCGCAUCUCUUCGGAUGACUUCCGCACACCUAAUGUCCGACUCGUUAGAGGACACGACUUAUGGGUCACUCAUAAAGACAACGGAAUUGUCUAUAGUCUGGAUGUGAGUAAAUGUAUGUUCAGUUUUGGUAAUAUCAACGAGAAGUUACGGGUCUCGCGACUCGACUGCACCGGUGAGACAGUCGUGGAUCUGUUCGCAGGGAUCGGUUACUUUACGCUCGUGUUUGCCGUUCACUGUCGCCCAGAACUGAUCCAUUCGUGUGAAUGGAAUCCAAACGCCGUCGAAGCCCUCCGAAGAAACCUCGAACUCAAUCGAGUGUCCCAUAAAUGUGUCGUCCAUUUCGGCGACAAUAGACUCCUGUGUCCGGUCGGUGUCGCCGAUCGGGUCUAUAUGGGACUCAUACCGACCUCAUUGGACAGCCUUCGGGUGGCCUGUCGUGCGCUGAACAUAAAGAGCUCAAAACUUAUUUUACAUAUUCAUGAAAAUGUUUCACACUUUGGCUCUAAAGACAAAACCGACAAAACUCAGCGUUGGCGCAAACAAAUGGGCAGUUGUAUUGGCCGAUGCGUUUGCGAAGCGGGCAAAUGCUUUUGCUGUGAUUGUGUCAUAUUUGGCACCAAUUUAAGGGAUACCAUCACUAGAAGACACAGACGUACAAAGCCUUCGCAGACAUUCUCGUUGAGACGACAGAGUUCUUCGGCGACCAUUGAAUUCGAGAAUCUUAUGUUUGAAUUCAAUCUUCCCGAAUCGUCCAAUUCUAUGAUCCAAAUGCAACCAACGAGUGUCAGUUCUUGGCUCACAUUGAAAGACGACUCCAAACAAAAA